AUGACUCCUGAGGAGACGAAUGAAUUGCUGCGACUGCGUGAACAGCAUCGCCAUGCGAAGGAGGGCGAAGUAUCAGAUGACGACGGCUUCAGCGGUAUCGGAGGCUAUAAGCGACGCACGUGGGCACUAUUCAGUGUCAUGGGCGGACUCAUUUACGGCUACAACGUCAGUCUGGCCGCCACUUUGCAGUAUAUUCAGGACGAUCUACAUCUGACAUCCCCACAGGAAGAAGCUCUAAGUGCCACAGCAACUUUAAGCGACGCUGUAUCCAUGUUGGUGGGCGGGUAUCUAGCUGACCGCUUCGGCCGAAAGGCCACUGCCAUGUUCGCCUGCUCGUGCUCCAUUGUGGGCGCGUUAUUGGCUGGAAUCGCAAGCAGCAGCUACUUGUGGCUCGUAUUGUGGCGUCUGUGCUCUGGAGUAGGCAACGGAUUAUCCAUUCUACUGAUUCCUAUGUACAUCAGUGAGUGUGUGGACGCAGCCAGUCGCGGGGCCUUCCUCACACUGUUUCAGCUUGGAGUAAACUCGGGUGUAGCUGUGCCAUAUCUCUUCAUGAUCACUAUUAGUGAGAGCUGGAGAGCCUGUCUGGCUUUUGGCAGCUUACCGGCACUUUAUGUACUCUACAAUUUCCAUUUCCACUUCCCAGAGAGCAUCAAAUGGCUCCGUUGGAAGGAAAACCCGACAGAUCUAGAAGAUGGAGUCACAGAUGUAUCAGACGAAGACAGCGUCGAGAGUGUCGUCUUAUCCGUCGCCAUCAAACGAUCAAGAAACGGGAACUACCAACGUCCAUCUGAACAAGCUUCAACUACUCCUUCUUCCCCUCCAAACCGUCAUCUGGAGUUAUUGAUCGGUAUUCUACUAGCGUACGUGAAUAAUUGCGUCGAUGCGUCUCUCUUCUAUGGCCCAGAAAUCAUCGCCAAGACCAGUUCCUCAUACUCACGUCGAGAUGCCAACAUCUUUGGACUCCUCUGUUCACUUGUUGCAGUCGUGUCGGUCAUUUUUGCUGGUCGCUUCGUCAUUGCAAGGUUCUCAAGACGACAAGUUUACUUGCUUUGUCUAGCUAUCGUCUGCAUCUGCUUCGUCAUUAGUGGAGCAAUUUUCGCGCGAUAUUCCACCGAUGACUUUGCACACAGUUCCACGGCGUCUACGAGCAUCAUGAUCACCUUCGCCGUACUUAACAUGUUCGCUGCUGUGGGUCCAAGUAUCCUGUUUGUUGUUAUCCUAAGCGAGUUGUUCCAAGACAACAGCUACCGAGCACGAUACAUGAGCUACUGCACCUUCACCAUGUCGCUGAUUUCGCUGCUUGUGAACGGCUCCAUGCUCACAUUGUUCGAGACAUUGGGUACUGCAGCUACGUUCUUCGCAUACGGAGGCACAUACAUGGCGUGUCUGGUCUUCUUCUGGGCUUACUUGCCCGAAACCAAGCAACGCCAAUUAGUCUAA